AUACGUACAGAUGUAAGUGUGCUCUGUGUUUUGUUGUUGUGUGCAGCGUGUUGUGGCUGCACGAAAAGGCACGAAGCGCUUCCCAUUUGGUGCAUCGCAAAAACACGUGCUUUUUACCGGCUGGCUUGGUUGGUGUUAGCUGCAGUGGAGAAGCAUUUUUGCGACGCAGAAGCUUUAGCCAAAGACACUCCGUCGGUCUGCUCUGGCCCCUAAAGGAAGGUUUUCUGCAGCAAAAGAAAAUCGAAAAAAAAAACACAAAAACCCGGCGCGUGUUUAUUAACGGCUGCGUAAACUGAGUGAGAACGAUUGGAGACAAACGUAUUGUGACAAACAAACAUUCGUCGCCAGUGCCGCCCAAGAGACGCGACUUUUCACGUUUAAAAACAGUAAAAUUUUAACGCUUUCGAUACAAGAUGAGUUCUACCACACCGCCCGUCCACGUGGUGGAAGCGAUACGGGCGUUCGUCGCCAAGAUGGGCAUCCGGGAGCCGCGUCUAACGGCGACCAGCGGUUCGCGCAACGGCGACAGCUAUUCCGGUGACGUUUACCGGAUCGUGAUCGCGCCCGGCAGCCGGGACAUCGAGGACUUUGAGAACAACAACAACAGCAACACGCACAGCAACCGAAUGCACAACGGUGCGAACGGUGCAACGAAAGGGCCGUCGGUCGACGCCAACGGGAAUGAGGAUGAGGAUGGCGACCAGCUGCAUGACGCAGGGCUUGUGUUUACCGAGGUGCCGAAGCCGAUCAGCGUCAUCGCGAAGGUAGCGCCAACGACCAGUUUGCGCCGUUCGCUGUACAACAGCUCCGCACACUUCCAGCGGGAAAAAUACGUGUUCGAUGUGGUGCUUCCGAUGUUUGCGCGUUUCCAGCAGGCGCGCGGUAUGCGCACGGCCAAAAGCUUCACACACUACCCGAGCGUGAUCGUGUCCGAGUGCUGCGAGGGCUUCGAGUACAUACUGCAGCGCGAUCUGACGGCGCAGGGCUAUCGCAACUUCCCGCGCACGGAACCGCUCGCGUACGAGGACGUGCUGCUGGUACUGACCCAUCUGGCCCAGUUCCAUGCGAUCUCGUUCGCGAUGCAGCAGCAGGCACCGGACGCGUACGCGCAGAUUGUGGGCCAGCUGCAGGAGACGAUCUUUGUGCCGCCGCUGCACAGCUCGUUCGUGGACUUUCUGCAGCGCAAGGUGGAUUAUGCGAUCGAGACGCUGCAGCGCAACCCGGAGACGGGCGAUGGGGCGGUGGCCGAACGGUUGUGCCGGUUUCGGGACGAGUACGGGCAGGCGAUGGUGGACUGCGUGCAGAACCGGGACGAUACCGUCAUCUGCCACGGGGACUGCUGGAUCAGCAACAUCCUUUACCGACCGAUGCCGACGCAGCGUAACGGUACCGACGAUGGACACAACAACAAUGGCUUCACCAACCACCAGCAUCACCACCAUCCGGCCGCCAAAGAGCUCAAGUUUCUCGACUGGCAGGUCGCACGUUGUGCCACGCCCGCCAUCGAUCUGUCCUACUUCAUCUUCUGCUGCACGGACAGCGAGCUGCGCGAACGUUUGCCCGAGCUGCUGCGCAAGUACCACAGCGCGCUGAUACGCCGCAUCGACGAGCUGGGCACGGUAAAUGGGCGCGAGCUGUUCCCGUUCGAGCGGCUCCAGAUGCACAUGAAGAAGUACGCCCGGUUCGGUUUCGGCAUGGCACUGAUGACGCUCCAUUCAACCUGCUGCGUGGAAAAGGACCUGCCGAAUGUGUCGGCCGCACUCGAAACAACCGAACUGGUCGACAUCGAUGAGCUCGCGAAGGACAUGCUGUACAAUCCGGCGUACAUCAAGCGAAUGUCGGGCGUUUGCCGGGAUAUGGUGCGGUUCGGGUACCUGUAGAGCGGUCUGGCCGAGGCUGGCCAUAUUGUGCCAAACAGUUGCGCAAAGGGAAGAAAAAUCACCAAACAAUGUGGAAAGGACGCGGUUUUUCCUUUUUUCGCAACAGAUGCGCUUCGAAGCCGGCGCACAUUUGAACAGUGUCAGCUGUUCAACUGCCUCCCGCUGAAUGGACAUUCAUUCGCGGGUCCCAUCUAGGGAUAGUUAAGGUAGUACUUAAGUGUAAUCGUAACCCAUUCACGUGUUUAUCCUAUGCAGUAUUCCGAGGGCGCUUCGACGUGCGCCAGUGUUGCGACCAGAGCAAAACAAACCAGAAAACAUUAACCAAGCCGCAACAGUAUUCGGCAUCAUGAUAGGCGGCCCCACACGGAAAGGGGUGCUGCAUUUUUCCGGUCCAGGUCAGGAACACCCCCCUUUUUCUGCCAGUAGACGUAUGCGGAACACACAAAAAAGAAGCUAAGCUAAGUUACCAGUAGGCAAGGCGCGCAACUAAAACUAAACAUUACGAAUCGUAAUUGAAAUUAUUUCACAAUCAUCACAUUUUAGUGAUUGGCACAAAGAUAUUAGGCAGCGUUUAGCAGUAAGAAACCGCCAGCCGGUGCCGUUUCGUUUUAAUACGUAUGUGUGUUUGUGUGUAUGUGCGUGUAUGUGUGUGUGUGAGUGCAUGUAUGUAUGUGGUUACAGGUUUCCCGUUUGUUGUGUUGCCCCAAACUCGACUCCACCCAAAGCAUGGGGUAGGAGGUACAUGGGGGUGAGCGAGCGGGGAAGAGGGUGGAAGGUUGUUUUUUAUUUUUGUUUUAUUCUAACGGAUGUCACUUCCCACACGACAAAACUGCCCCCGUGGACAGUGGAGUGAAGUGGACACAAACACAAAGGACUUCAAUGCUGCACACUCAACAAUCCGCCACAUUUCAAAUCAAACUGUCAAAAAAACAAAAUGACCGCACAUCAGCCGUGUUCAAAAUUCCAAAAAACAAAAAAAAAAAACAAACGCAUUUUGCACAAACAUGUGACGUUCCUUCAAGUAUAGCUUUACAAUCUGGGGAAAAACUUUUCUUUUUAUAGAUAUAUUUAUUCACAAAGAAAAACAAACAAGCAAAAAAGGCACAACUCAGGUAGUUUGUAGUGGUAAAUCGUUAAAUUUGAAUACUUAGGAACGCGGGGUACGCACGUUACGAAUCGUCUCGCAAUGAAAGUAGCUGCUUAUGUAAUAGAAAUAUUAAUAAAACCCUAUACACUAC